GUCAGUCAUGUGUCAUCAGCCGAAAAGAUAGUCGAAAAUUAGGUUAUAACUUCUGCCUGUGUGGGUGGUAGAAUGUCUCAGAUUUUGUAAUAUGGGGUUUUAAAUCAAUUCUAAUUUAAUUUGUUUUGAAAGGUAAACGUAUUCGUACACCUGUAAUGAUUUAAUUACAUAAGUUAUCUUUGUUGGAUUGUGGAGUACUUACAUUUUCAUCUAAAACACCCAAUUAGUGUACUGAUUUAGAUUUUGGUGUCUAAUAAAAAUAUUAGGAUUUUUAGAAGUUAGAUUUUUAAUCUUAAGACAAGCAAUUUAGUGCUUUUUACUAUGCAUUGACAUAAUAGUUGGUAAUUAUUUAGUGUUGACUCACCGCUCCCACAAGUCUGACAACUGUAUAUAUGGUAUCUGCCUUACCUUCUUAUCAUUUUAAAAUUAACAAUUAACUGCGCUCGGCGUUAAUUUUUGUAUUUAUCUCAUUUAAAAAUGUGAAAUUUUCACAUCAAUUUCAAAUUAUGGCCGCCAUUACAGUAUGCACAGAUCGCUUACGUAUGGAUUGAUGACAGUUUAUUUCUGCAAUGUUUAUGUCUGCAAUUGAUAUAAUAUGCAGUUUAUGUCUGCAAUUAAUAUAAUAUUAAUUAUUAAUAAAAUUAAAAAAUUAAUAUAUUAUGUAUUAUACAGUACAAUUUCUCAAAGGAGGAAGACCUAACCCUUCGGUCCAAACCUAACUUUCGGGUAUUAGAGUGUAGAGUGUUUUGUUAAUUAUUAAUAAAAUUAAAAAAAAAAUAAAGCACCUUCCGUCUUUGCACAAGAAAUUAUAAAAAAUUUUAAAUUAGGCAAUAUUGCAGAAAUAAACUGUCAUCAAUCCAUACGUAAGCGAUCUGCGCAUACUGUAAUGGCGGCCAUAAUUUGAAAUUGAUGUGAAAAUUUCACAUUUUUAAAUGAGAUAAAUACAAAAAUUAAAGCCGAGCGCAGUUAAUUGUUAAUUUUAAAAUGAUAAGAAGGUAAGGCAGAUACCAUAUAUACAGUUGUCAGACUUGUGGGAGCGGUGAGUCAACACUAAAUAAUUACCUAAUAGUUUAAGAUUAUCAAAAGUGACUUAACAAAACGUAAAGACAAAACCAAUCAAGGUAUUUUAUUUUAUUUUUCAUAAACUUGAGUGUUAUACACUUUUUUUAACAACUCACAGCUUACAACCCUUAUUGACUGUGAUAAACCACUAUGUGAUAAGGAUCAAAAUAACUUUUGAAUGUUUUGAUUUGUGUUAAAAGUCUUCAACCAUGGACAAAGGGGACCAGAAAAAAUCUUCAUCAAAACAUUACGGUGCAAACGAAACCAGCUCAAACUCUACCUCGUCGGUGCUCAUGGUAGGCCCGAAUUUUAAAGUGGGCAAGAAAAUCGGAUGUGGGAACUUUGGUGAUCUACGCUUAGGUAAAAACUUGUAUACUAAUGAACAUGUGGCUAUUAAACUGGAGCCGUUUAAAACCAAAGCUCCCCAGCUUCAUUUAGAGUAUAGGUAUUACAAACUAUUGGGUAGCCGUGAAGGAGUGCCUGAUGUUUACUACUUUGGCCCAUGUAGUAAAUUUAAUGCGUUGGUGAUGGAGCUGCUGGGGCCUAGUUUGGAAGACUUAUUUGACAUUUGUGAUCGUAAAUUCACCCUAAAAACAGUAUUGAUGACAGCUAUUCAACUGUUACAUCGAAUAGAGUAUGUUCAUUCGAGGCAUCUCAUCUACAGAGAUAUUAAACCAGAAAAUUUUCUUGUUGGGCGUACAGGCAGCCACAGAGAAAAAGUUAUACAUAUUAUAGACUUUGGUUUGGCUAAAGAAUACAUAGAACCCGAAACAAAUAAACAUAUUCCUUAUAGAGAACAUAAAUCAUUGACGGGAACAGCAAGGUACAUGUCAAUAAACACCCAUCUGGGCAGAGAACAAUCUAGGAGAGACGAUUUAGAAGCACUUGGUCAUAUGUUUAUGUAUUUUCUUAGAGGAUCCUUACCGUGGCAAGGACUUAAGGCUGAUACUCUAAAAGAACGUUACCAAAAAAUAGGUGAUACGAAAAGGGAAACUUCCAUUGAAAGUUUGUGCAAAGGUUAUCCAGAAGAAAUGGCUACGUAUUUACGAUAUGUUAGGAGGUUAGAUUUCUUUGAAACUCCUGAUUAUGAAUAUCUGAGAGGUUUAUUUGCGGAUUUAUUUAAAAGUAAGGGUUAUGUUGAUGAUAACGAGUUUGAUUGGUCUGGUAAAACGACGAACUUAUCGGCUGGAUCUCUACCUACUGCCACUCAAGAAUUCGCCAUAUCACCGCUUCGUGAGAAACGUGCUAUCAACACCAAACCAGAAAACUCCAAACACAGCACCUUAGGCAACCUCACUCCUGCUGAUCGCCCAGGAUCUGUUAUGGUCAUCAACUCCACCAACGGAGAUCUGCAUGCAGAUAAUUCCAUGGCACACAGUAAUACACCCAUCACUCAGAAUAAAGAGGUGGAAAUCGUUGAAGAGACCAAAUGUUGUGGUUUCUUCAAAAGGAAAAAGAAGAAGAAAGCAGUAUCAAGUAAGUGAGUAGUAUAUACUGUAAGAGAGAAAUAUGUCACGUUGUUGUAGGUCCGCACUGUACCUAGUUGUUAAGACUGUCUAUAUUUUAAUUUUAUUUCUAGCAGCUGCUUAAUUGUUAUACAAAUUAAACUACGGACUUUUUAAGAUAAAGAAAUAAUACAAUUCUAGCAUAUUGGGGACGUAUUAAAGAAAAACGAAUAUUUUUUGUUGGAUCUCUCUUAAGAAUGGAUCACACACGAUAAUAUCAAACGUUUAAUCAAGUUUUUUGAUCAGAUUUUGACAUACUGUGUCAUAGAGAGCUGCUCAGAAUAAACGCGAUAAUUAUUCUUACCCAUUUUUUGAUAUUCUUCAGUGAUAUCCUUUGACGUUCCUCAGUUCUUGCGAAUUCUGUCUCAACUUUCUGAUUUUCACAGUACAUGUAAAUUUCAGACUUUUUUACUCUUUGGAUCACUGAAAAUGAUCCCUUGCAGGUAAAGAGAUUGGGCACUCGAAAGAACAUAUUUAGAAACCCUUUUGGCCAAAUUAAUAACCCAAUAGGUGGCCCCAGGGGUCACCUGUCGAACAAAUUUUCCUUUGGUUUAAAAAAGUCUGAUUUUUGGAGGUACCUACUAAAAAAAAUAAUUAUUUAAAAGUUUGCCAAAAAUGAUCUACAUAGCCUAAAAAUUAUUUGAAAAAUUCAAAUAUUUUUCCUAAGCUCAAUUAUGGUCCCUAUUUCACCCUAUUCGAGAAUGGAACCAAGGAAGUUGGUCUUAAGGUUAACGAGGACAAGACGAAGUAAAUGGUGGUUACGAAGAACCCAAGACCAAGGGUUAGACAAAACGUAACAAUUAAUGAAUACAAUUUUGAAGUCGUCAAAGAAUUUAAGUACCUGGGAGCGAUCAUAACAUCUGAAAAUAAAUAUGAAAAGGACGUGGCAGCCAGGAUCGUUGCAGGAAACAGGUCAUAUUACUCAUUAAGGACCCUACUUAUAUCAAAAAUACUCUCAAGACCAGCAAAAAUAAGAGUAUAUAAGACAAUAAUUCGUCCCACAAUAACGUAUGGAAGCGAAACAUGGACUCUGAAUCAGCGGGAAACGACAAAAUUACUGGUACUAAAAGAAAGAUACUGCGGACUAUCUAUGGGCCUUGCAGAGAAGAGACAACAGGAGAAUGGAGAAGAAGACACAACGGUGAACUCCAGACAAUAUAUGGAGAUGAAAACAUAGUACACUACAUUAAAGCAAACAGAAUACGAUGGGCGGGUCACGUGCUAAGAUCAAGUGACGAAAGACUUCUGAACGCCACAUUCUGGGAAAGGCCCGAUGGAACAAGGUCAGUUGGUCGCCCAAGAAAGAGAUGGAAGGACGCAGUAGCUAGUGAUCUACGCAAAAUGGGAGUACAGCAAUGGGAAAUAGCUGCUCAAUAGUAAACACGGCCAAGACUCACAUAGAGUUGUAGAGCCAAAUGAUGAUGAUGAUGAUGAUGGUCAAUUAUGGUCCAAAAAAUCAAAAAAAAAUCAAUAGUGUUUUCGCGCAUGAAAAUGUAUGUUAGUAAUUUUUUUCAGAUUUUUAAAAUAAAGCCAUCGCCCAGGAAUUUUUUUUUUCGAAACAACACAUUUUUUGCAACAGGAGACCCCUGGGACCAUCUAGGGAGCUAAAAAUUUGGCCAAAGGGCUUUCUAAAUAUGUACUUUCGAGUGCUUAAUCCCAAAUAAUUAUCCCACUAUAGUCUUUGCAAGAUAUAAAUACAGAUACAAAUAGUUAAUCAAAAAUCUAAACGAUCCAUAUGUUAGAAAUAUGUAUUGGGUGACAUUAUAUAAAUAUAUAGUUAGACUUACUUGUGACGCAGGCUUGUAUCCGAUGUCCUGUGUGUUAUCUGAAAGUACACAAAAAUGUUAGGUUGUCUUCUUGACUUAUUACGUAUAUGAAAUAUAGUUUAUUCUUUAUGCUAGUCUCUCAAUAUAGACCAAGAUAUCUUCAGUGCUGCAUAUAGCGCUCUCCAUUGGUGCGCAUAUGGGUCAUAUUAGCCGUAUGCACACCAAUGGUGAAUAUAAAAUUCUUAAUUGUAUGUCGAAAAAUGCGCAAUAACUACCUCUUAAAACCCACCAAAUUUCAUUUUCAUAUCUCCUGGUUUUAGAGCAAUAAAUUAACAGUCAAACUAGUCAGAAACCGUCAGCAAAUAGUUGGUCAGUGAGAGAACAUAAUCCAGUCACCAGUGCUAUCCCCUCUACUCGCGCUGGUCCGCUAUUCGCUGAUGGUUUCAAACCGUUUGAAACCAAUGCUAGAACAAACCUAAUAUUAUUACAGCGAUAUUGUUAAAGAAUAAGGUUAUAACACAUUCAAAAAAUCACUUAAAUCGGACGACAAGUUUAGGAAAUUCCAGACAUCAAAAAUGACAUAUUUUCCAGGUGGAGGUGGUGCGUUAAUUUCUUGGGAGUAGUGUAGUAAUGUUGACAUUAUUAUCACAAUAGUCAAUAGUGCAUAGCGGAUUCGAAUAGAGCCCUGUGCAAUUACAUGCAGCAUUGAAGAGUAGUUCUUGAGUUCUUGACAUAUGUAUUUCAUUUUAAAAUAUUAAAAAAAUUUAGGUUUCUUUCUUUAAGAAAUUUUUUUAGAACAUUUUUACCCGUAUUUUAGAAUGGAAAACAUUUUAUAUGUUACAAGUUGUUUUAAUUAUACAAGGCGACUUAUUUGAUAUUUUAUGAAAAAGUAUUAUAUUUAAAGUAUGGCAACAAUUUUGAUAGAAUAAAAUUAAAACGAUAACUGAGUGUUUUGUUAUAAUCGCUAAGCGAGAAUCUUAAUCAUCUACUUAAAUUACAUAUUAGACCAGGAAACUAACGAUGUUCACAUGACAUAAUAUUCAUAGAAACCUUUUCUAUUAAUAAUAAUCAGAGAAAAGUCAAAUUGUCCAAAAUAAAUAUUUAUUUUAAAUUGUUUAAACAAAUUACUUGUUUAAUUGAACCAUCAUGCACAAACUAACUAAUUGCAUUUUUAUUAUCUUUGCCACGAGCUACCCCAAAUUAAAAAAAAAACAAAGAAUGUGUGUGUAAUUGUUAGGCACGCACGUAAGAAGUUAUCGCAGAAGUACGCACAUAUAAUAUAUGAUUUCAACGAAAUAAAUAUACUUUUAACAGUUUAUUUGUAUUUUAUUUAAAUAUUAAGCUAAUUUUAAUACUUAAUACUUUCCAAAAAAACUUAUUAAAACAAUACCAAAAAUUAAAAAAAAAAAGUAAGGCAAAGCAACAACGAGGUGUUCCUAAGCGGUCACCCAUCUAAAAAGUAACAGCGCCCAACGCUUCUUGACUACGGCUAUCGGUCAAAACCGUGGAAGUCGUCAGUGUGCUAUGGCCGUAAAAUUGAUACCAAAAUGAAUUAUUUUGACAAAUUGUACAAAUACAUAAUAUUAAGAUUCGACGAAGGCAAAUCAAAAGACACAAAAAUUAUACUAAAAAUACCAAUAUGUAUAUUUUUUCAAACUCUAUUUACAUUGAUACGUACGUAACUUGAAAGAUUUAGCAAAUAACUGUAUACUGUCUGUGUGUGCAUAGUUCAUACUGUCGUUUUUACAAAAAUUAACUCUAAACAUUUUUCCCAAUCGCGCCUAAAGAAGUAUAUAACUUCAAAAAACAAUAAUUUUCGUUGAUUAGAACCGGAGAUAUUGCGACUUUUAUAAAUUUGAAGUCAUAAAUUCAGUUUUUGAAAUAGUAAAAUCGUUUCGCUUUUAUCUUUGGCGCAUCACGGACGGCUCAUUUUUAGAGGAAUAGUUUUGAUUUUUUUUGUUAAAACUUGAACUUUUAAUCUUUUAAAUGGUGCUUUUAUAAUUUCUUAUAGGCCUGGAUCCCGCGUACCAAAAAAAGUUGAUUAAUAGCAAGCUGAAAAUUUUUUAAUAGCUUAACGGUGUCUAGUCGGACAAACUUUGAUGUAUGAGAACACUGGAACAGGGGAAGUUUUAAUUUUGGAACAGGUUAAAAAUUUGGAACGUCAGAUUACGAAAACGUUUCAUAUAUUUUGUCGGACAGAACUUCCAAUUGAUUUGUUACCAUUUCAUUAAACUCUCAUGUAAAAAUCAGACCGGUGUUUAUCAUCAACUGGGCAUUUUAAUGAGUGGAACACGAAAAACAUGCCAAAUGACAGGAAUCAAGUUGGUUAGUAAUAACAGUCUGAUUUUUGUAUGAGAGUUUAAUGGAAGGGUAACAAAUCAAUUGGAUGUUGUGUCCGACAAAAUACAUGAUACGUUUUCGUAAUCUGACAUUCCAAAUUUUUAAACUGUUCCACAAUUAAAACUUCCCCUGUUUCAGUGUUCCCGUACAUAAAAGUUUGUCCGACUAGACACCGUUAACCUAUUAACAAAUUUUCAGCUUGCUAUUAAUCAACUUUUUUUUGUACUCGGGAUCCAGGCCUAUUAAUGUUUAUAAACAAAGCCACGGAUUAAAAAAAAGGGCUAAUUCGGGUUCUAAGGAUCGUAAGACAUUGUAUUUUUUUUAAAUCCGUGUAAAAAUGCCAUUUUGAAUAAAAAUAAAUUAACUUCUUUCAUGUUGAUGCGUCUGAUUCAUUUUUAAUUGUUUCAAUAUUUAACAUAAAUUUUUUAAUAUUUAAUUUGUUAAAAUAAGCCUUUUUCUUCCAUUUUAUGCAUUUAGAAAUCAUGUAGGUCUAAUAGAUUACGCAUAAUAUCGUUGUAGAUAAGCUUUUUGGGAUAUACAAUUUCAAUUUUGCAAUAAGUAUUACCUAAGUGAAACUUCUCGAAAUUUUUAUAGUUGAAUCUUUGUGAUAUUGUCCUUAUUCUCACGCAAAAUUCAGGUUUUUUGUGUAUUUUUAAAAAAGUUUUUAAUAAUAUCCAAAAAAUCGACUUUUGAAGUCAUUUUUGAAAUAAUUAUUAAGCAACAAAUUAACAAAAAUACCUUUCCAAACAACCGUUUUAAAGAAUUUUCUGUACCUUUUCAGUAAAAUUUUAUCACAUUUCCAUAUAAUUUACCAGUCUUCACCUUCAGUAUUUAAAAUCAAAUAACGGUAUUACAUUGUUUAUAUGUAAAUAAAAAAUGACGUUUAAUCUUUUGCAUAUUUUGUUUAUUCAUAUUGCUAUCACAAAAUUUAUCAAAAUCAGUUGUUAGAUAUCAGAGUGUCACGAAAAAGUCUUUUUAUUUGCUAAUUUCUCUGGUCUAUUAUUUAAUAAUAUGUACAGUCGGAAAAAUGAAAGAUUACCCAUGAUCGAUCACAUCAAUCAUUUAUUUUGUAUUUGCCGUCUUUUUCUAUAACAAACGUUUGCUAUUUAUAGAAAAAGACAGCAAAUACAAAAUAAGUGAUUGAUGUGAUCGAUCAUGGGUAAUCUUUCAUUUUUCCGACUGUAGAUUUUUAAAAGAAUAUGGAUAUGCGUCCCCAAUAAAACAGCUUUCGUCCUAUCAGCUUUUUAGGACUACAUAUAUGACUCUAGUUAAAAGAAAAUAUCUAAAUUAAAUUAAAUUCUAUCUGUGUAAUUAGGUUAAUUUUGGAUUUUUGGUUUAGUAAAUAACAAUAUAGAAUUAAGAUUAGUUAGACAAACGAAUAGUUACGAAUUUGUUACGUCGCCUUGUAUAGUUAAGAACUAAACAAUUUUUCGACUGUUUCAAUCUAGUCUAUUGAAUUAUUUUAAAAGUAGAAUAGUCGUUACCGGAAUUAGUCGUCCAGGGAAGUAAGAUUUUUCUCAGGACUUCGAAUAUUCCAGGUAUCUGACAACUUUUUUAGUUAUUAAAACAUUGAAAUUAAAAACAUUAAUGGGGAAAAAUAUUAGUUGGCCAAAGCUGUGCCAUACCUAUAUUUUUACCUUAAAUAUACUUACGUUUUAAAUAUUAAAUUUUGGUGUUUGUUUACAUUUAAAUAUAAUUAAUCUAUUAAUCUAAGCGCCAUCUACACGAUAAUUGUCAAUGUAUCAGAAGUGGAACAGAAGGAAACUACUAUUCGCCAGUCAAUACGUCAAAAUAAUAAGCAAAAUCUUAAAAAAAUAAUAAUCUAAUUACUUCUGUACAUUGUAAAUAUUACACGAUAAGAAUUAAAUAAUAAAUUUGAAACAGUUAUUUGCUAUUAUCGUAAUAAUUUUCUCAUUAAAUUUCCGGCAAAAGUUGCACACAUAAUCCGCUAGUUGGCGAUACCAGCGAAGCUCAUAGCGAAUAGUUCUACAACACGGUUCUUAGACAUUACUACGGUUGCCUAAAUCGACUAACCAAUGAACAUUAAGGGUGAGAUUACGUCACGAGAGCUUACUGUCAUUUGAAUCGUAAUAUGAUUUUUUUCGAAUCCUGAGAAAACCAAGUAUUUUAGAAAAAUUUAAACGCAGGAUGCAAGAUUACAUUAUUACCGAGGGCGGAAAGCCCCUUAGAAUAAACAAGCAGAUUCUAUUGAAUGAAAUAUUUGAAAUUAAAUAUCACACUUCUCUUUUAUUUUCAGCCCUGUAACUUAUUAAAAUAAACAUUAUAGAAGUUUUGUAAACUAUUUGUAGAGUUAUAUAUAAACAAUAUUUUUAUUUUAUCAUCUAUUGUUUAAAAAGAAUACAGUUGAUAAGAUACCCUCAGUUGCGGAGAAAGGAUUAAUAAUAAAGAUUUUUUUAUUCAGUCAAUGGUGUGAGCACUCUCAGUUAAAUAGUAACGUGUGGCCUUACUUUUACACGCAUACCUAUUGUGGCAAAUGUAUCAUAUUUUUCAAAAUUUUGGAAUGCAUUUAAAUCGUAGAACAAUUUUAACAUUUGAUUUUAAUACAGAUUUUAAUUCUCUACAAGUAUUCUCUCAUGACUUUUGAUGUAAAAUAAUUAGGGAAGCAGGAAUUCAACAAUUCAGAAUAUUACAUUGAGUUUCCUAUGGCCCUUUUUACGAUUCACCACCCGGUAUAAGAUAAAAUGUGUACUAUUUGUCUAAUUAUUUCAUAAUAACACAAAUAAUACACAUAUAUACACAAUAACACACAUUCAGUGAUCGAAAAUCCUUUAAAAAUAUUUGAAUGUAAACUCUUGUGACGUAAAGUCAAAAAUAUAAGUCUCCCCACCACCGUUGGACAAGACAACCGUAAUAAAGUCUAAUAACCGUGGGUCUACAAUAAUUAAAAAAGUUGUCAGAUCACUGUAUUAUUUAAAGUCCGGAACAGAGCCAAUUUUUUUUGGCUUAUUUUCCUGGAGUAAAUGUGUCCAGGUUUACAUACGUAUUUACGAUAGAAAUUAUUAUUUCGACAUACUUUGUACAAAAUAUUAAGACUUUAAAAUUUGUUUUUAUCGCUAGUAUUUUAAUUUUUAUUAUUGUAUUAUUAAUAACUAUUGAUUUGUUAUUGAUAAGUUACUUUUACUUUUAGUAUAUACACUGUUAUUUUAAUAAAGGAUGAUAUAUUUUCAUUUCGA